UUAACCUGGUGUGGAUGGUGGCAGGACUGGAAAACUCAGACAGACGGAGUUUUCAUUUAUUUAUUUUAUAGAAUCAUAUACAACACAGUUAACUAUUAAACCUCUUUUAUACAAGGGUUUUGUUUGCUCCCUUCAAAUGUUAGACGCGUUUACCUACAAGGGCAGCUUCGAUUUUGGAUAAAAAUUCCACCUGUGGCGUGUUUCGACAGAAGCGAAUAAAUGGGAAUGAUCGGAAAAGAGAUGGAGAUCGAUUCAGUGAAAGUCGAGUCGAGUCUUUGGAUCGGCAACAAGCGCUAUAAGGCUUCGCUUAGAGGAUGGUACUUCAGCUGGACUGAGAUCGACAAGAGGAACCGCGAGAAGAAAACAGUUUCAGUGCCCGUGUCAGAAGUGAUCGGGGUGAAAGAAGGUCGGGUAGAGAUCCAACCCCGGAAGAAAUUAGAGGAUAGUGACCUUGAUUUUACUUUAUUUUAUGUGAAGCGCAACCGUAGAGGUAACACUCGGGGCACGUUGUGGAGUCUGGGCAGGACCCAGUUCUGCUGCCCUAGCCGAGAUGUGCGGGAUCAGUGGAUCACUCAACUCAGAACUGCGCUCAAAACACACAGCCCCUCGCGUCCACACAGGCUGCUGGUGUUCAUUAAUCCGUUCGGAGGAAAGAAGAGGGGAAAACAGAUCUACCACUCGCUAGUGUCUCCUCUGUUUGAGCUGGCUGGCAUCAGUUGUCACGUUGUAGUGACUGAACGAGCAAAUCAGGCCCGAGACUACAUCUUAAAGAAAGAUUUAACCGGGUUUGACGGUGUGGUUUGUGUGGGUGGAGAUGGCAUGUUCAGCGAGCUCCUGCACGGUGUGAUUGGACGAACCCAGCAGGAGGCGGGAGUUUCAGAACACGACCCCGCUGUCAUGUUGCAGCCAUGUGACCUUCACAUUGGCAUCAUUCCAGCAGGCUCGACGGAUUGUGUGUGUUUCGCUACAGUGGGUGUAAAUGACCCUGUUACGUCAGCCCUGCACAUCAUCAUUGGAGAUUCUCAGCCGUUGGAUGUGUGUUCUGUCCAUCAUAAGUCAACACUUAUGAAGUAUUCGGUCUCUAUGGUUGGCUAUGGUUUCUAUGGUGAUGUUUUAGCAGAGAGUGAGAGGCACCGCUGGAUGGGUCCUCUCAGAUAUGAUUACUCAGGUUGUAUGGUAUACCUGUGCAACAGGAACUAUGCAGGAAUAGUGCAAUAUCUCCCUGCUGAUUCACAUGUCUCCAGCCCACGGGACAACACUCUCUGCCUCGCAGGGUGCAGAGUGUGUUCAGAGAGCAAAGAGAGGCUGUUUCCACACUUUGACAGCUCCAGUUCUAUCCACAGCACUAAUCUCAGCCAAUACAGCAGUGAGAUAGAAGGCGAGUGGGUGACUAUUGAAGGCAAGUUCAAGUGUGUCUCUCUCACCUGCAUGUCAAGCUCGUGCCCCCGGAGCCCAAUGGGUCUCUCGCCCUCCGCUCACCUGGCAGACGGGACGGUGGAUCUCAUCCUGGUGCGAGAAACGAACCCCCUGGGCUUCCUCACGUACCUUCACAGACACACAACCACACAAGAUCAGUUCGACCUGCCUUUCGUUGAAGUACAUCGUGUCAAGGCGGUGCGUUUUUUUCUGCCACCAGGAGAAGAAGAAGAGGAGGAAUAUGAGGAAGAGAAAGAGAUACAGAAUUCAUCUGAGAGGGUAUCGGAAGAUCCCGACAAACUGCACACUUGUGAUAUUGCGGACUCGCAAAGCAAAACUACCUCGCAGCAUUAUCUCGCGGAACAAAAGGAGAGAGACACCGUGAAAAGCGCUAGGAGGAAAAAGAGAAGCUUUGUGUGCGGGCCGUGCUGCACUAAACCUCCUUCAGUAUCUGUGUGGAACUGUGAUGGGGAGAUUCUACCUCAUACCGAAAUCUUAUGCAGAGUUCAUGGCCAGCUAGUGCGUCUCUUUGCCAGGGGCAUUGAAGAUUCAACGGGAGCUUGAAAAUGCCAUGCAUGACACUGUACGAAGAGCUACUGUACAAAGAGAGACGUGUUUAAAACAACGGAUGACCUCUUUACAGUACACAAGGACUUAUUUAUAAGAGAGAACAGAUGUUAAUGUGUGUGUGAACGUGUGAUUGGUGAGAGGGGAUGUGUGUUAAUGUGCGGCAUUUAAAUGAGCAAAAAUGUCACGCACGCUUAUUUCACAUUCGCCAGGUUAAUAUUUCAGUUCCUAAGAUUAACAUGAAGGUGAUGGAUCGCCUGAUUCAAAUGCAGUUUCAGAUCUGGCGUACUUAGGGUUGGGUAUCGACAACCGGUUUCAUUUGAAGAACCGGGGAUUCAAUAGGAUGCGCGCAUCUCCGUUAUGUUUAUCGAUUCCUGACUGUUUCAGUCAAUUGCGAAGGGCAGUUAGCAUUUUAUAUACAUUUGUAUCAGUCUGCCAGGACCUGUGACAAGGACCUUACCUCAUUACGCAGGCUCUAAGACUGAACGCAUCAAACGUUCAAAAGUUUGGUCUAACUUUGUGAAAAUAGAUGAUAGCCAUAUGCACUACAUGUGGAGAAAAAUAUUUUGUGCACCUCUUAUAUGAUGAAACAUGGCGAUAAUCUGAUGUAAUGCACCGUGUAAAGUCAUCGAGCUUGGAGUCCUCCUGCUUCAACCCACCAGAUACAGCUAACGUUAACUUAAUAUUAGUAGCAACAGCGUCUCACACUCAGGUACAUAAAACAGAUAAAGAUGAAAAGACUAUCAGUUUUGUUUAAGUAACUUAAUUUUUUUAAGUAGUCAUCACAAUUAAAUACAUUCGGGAAGCUACAGGACGACAUGUUCUAGUUUCUUUAAAUUUAUAUUAAUUUAAAUGAUUAAUUCAAUCACUUUUUAAAAAUGAAUUAAUUCAGUAUUUUAUUCACAAAUAAUUGUUUAGAUAAUAGACGAUCUAGCAACUGCAUGUUAUAUAUUUUAUGUUGUAUUUCUGUGUUAUUCUCUGAUUAUUCCUUUUUUAUUAUUUGACGAAUUGUCACAUUUAACAGUACUGGUUACAGCCUAAAUGUGGCAAGAAUGAAAGGUAAAACUUUCUUCUCAAGUAUUUGAUAUUUUUUCUCUCCCGAAAACAAUGUUGGAAUCGGAACAGAGAAUCGGAUUCGAUGAGCUGAAUCCGAAUCGUUAUAAUACAAACGAUACCCAACCCUAGUCGUAAUAAGGAACUGCUCAUUUCAAUGUUUUUUGCAGAGCAAAAAAUGUGUGUUUGCAAUAUUUUAGUGCAAUCUGUUUCUCUUCCUUGGGUUUAACUGUUCAUGUCAUUUUUUGAGCGUAAACUGGAUUGCCAAGGUUCAGUGGAGGUACUGCAUUCUCCAGCUGGUGCUUUGGAUGGUAAUGACCGUCUCAGACAGAGUGAUGGACGUAGGCCGUAGGGGAUAACUUAAAGGGACUCAUUCCAUUGCCGUUCAUAAAGAUGUAGUGAUCGACAGGAAUGUGCACAUACAGGGUUUCUGUGGGUUUUAAAGUCAUUAUUUGAAGUGGUAAUUACAUACAUGUGUUGGUUGAGUGUAUAGAAUGUGUUAGAAAAGUGUCAUAAAUAUAUAGUAUAGCUACUAUUGGAGUAGAACCCAAAAAAAACGAUUUUGUCUACGACAGCCUCCAGUCUUAACUGACAUUUAAAUUGGUAAUUUAAGCGGUACGUUAAAAUAAUAAACACUCAUUUAACAACAAUACUUAUUGUAUGUAAUAGUAUCAAAUAAAUGUUCAAGUAAUUUUGUUCAUAAAUAUUAAAACAGCAA